AUAAUUGUUAGGCUAUAUUAUUUAGGACUAAAUGAAGUAAGUCUUUCGUAAUUUUAUGAUGAUAUCUUUUGGAUAUGAUUGCUAAAUUUUAUAUGUUUUCUUAACCACAUAUAAGAGAUUUUAUGAUAGAAUAUGAUAAUGUAUAAUUUACAUUUAGCGACACGCGUCAAUAAUUGUUAGGCUAUAUUGUUUAGGACUAAAUGAAGUAAGUCUUUCGUAAUUUCAUGAUGAUAUCUUUUGGAUAUGAUUACUAAAUUUAAUAUGUUUUCUUAACCACAUAUCAGAGAUUUUAUGAUGGAAUAUGAUAAUGUAUAGUUUUACUAUUAUCGACACGCAUCAAUAUUCGCUAGGUUAUAUUACUUAGGACUAAAUGAGGUAAUUUGUUUUCAUGAUCUCUUAUGAUUUCUUUUGGAUAUGAUUCGCAAAUUUUAUAUGUUUUCUUAACCACAUAUCAGAGAUUUUAUGAUAGAAUAUGAUAUGUAUAAUUUUACAUUUAGCGACACGCGUCAAUAAUUGUUAGGCUAUAUUGUUUAGGACUAAAUGAAGUAAAUCUUUCGUAAUUUCAUGAUGUUAUCUUUUGGAUAUGAUUACUAAAUUUUAUCUGUUUUCUUAACCACAUAUCAGAGAUUUAUGAUAGAAUUUGAUAACUUUUAAUUUUACAUUUAUCGACAAAUAUAAAAAAUUAACUUAUUCAAGAUUCUUCUAUAUAAUGAGCUUGGGUUGAUACACUACUCAUCAAGAGAGCAUUUUCUAAGUCUACAAUCAUCUUUGCCUUUAAACCUCUGAGUUGCUUCCCCUUCGAUUAGCUAGCUGCUAUGGAAACCGAUGGUCAAUCACUUUACGCUGUUCUCACAACAAAUGAAGUUGGUGAGAAGAUGACGAGGGAAAUCAACCAGAUCUCGGAAGUCUUCUUGCUGUCCAAAUCUGAUGCAACCUUAAUCCUAAUCUCUCUCCGUUGGAACUCGUUCAAGGCUUCAGACCGUUUGGGCGACGACAAGGAGAAACUCCUCUCGGACUUAGGUUUGGUUAAAGUUUUCAGUUCGUGUCAAGAAAACGAUUCUGUGUCUUCUUUCGCAGGUCAAGAAAAUCUGGUCUCCACACCCUUUUGUUCACACAAGUUUUCUGAAACUUGUUGGAGAAGUCAUCUCAACAACCUUCUGACGGAGGAGGAAGAGAGAGUCGUCCUUUGCCCUAACCCAGACUGUGUUGCUCCAGUUGGACCCGAUACGAUUGAGAAACUCACAGAACCAGCUGUGAAGAUGAUGUACAAUAGAUACGUUCUGGGAUCUUUCGUGGAGGCCAACAAGGAAUCGAUCAAGUGGUGUCCUGCGCCAGGUUGCGAAUACGCCAUCGAGCUUCAUGAGGAUCUGUUGGAAGAUGAUGAUCUUGACUUUGGUGUGGUGUGUUUGUGUGGUCACACAUUCUGUUGGAGUUGCACGCUCGAGUCACAUCGACCCGUGACCUGCAACGAUGCUUCUGUUUGGUUUAGCUCCACCUUGGAUACGUUAAAGAGCAAUGCUUGGCUCCUUGAAAACACCAAACGUUGUCCUAACUGCAACUGUCACGUGCAGAGGACCGAUGACCCUGUUUUGAGAAUGAUAACUUGUAUCUGCAGUUGUAGCUUCUGUUGGCGCUGCUUACUGUCAGAGGAAGAGCACAACGGAAACUGGAACUGUGUUGAACUCUUGUUUCAACUAUCAAUGAAACAAGUGGAUGAUUCUAGUUACCUGCGUCUGUGGGAGACAUGUCUUGAAGAGUAUGAGAAUUCCAAGUCGGAUCUCAAAGCCAUAGAGGAGAACGGCGUUCCAAGACUGACGGAUAACAGCAGUUUUAACGAGCAAGACGUUGAUGCUGUAAAGGAAGCAACUCUGCUUAUGGUCCAGUGUAGGCUUGUAUUGAAAUGGAGCUGUGCUUAUGAAUAUUUCAUAGCCAUGUACCAAAGCCCCAAGACGCAGUAUGUGAAGCACCUUCGAGGAGAAGCUCGAAAGACACUUCUUAGGCACAAAGCGACUCAAGAAGAGUUGAUGAAUAAAGCUCUCACAUCUGGUGAUUUCAGUUCCUUCAAGGUCGAGUUGUCUUACAGUUCAACAAUCACUGGUAACUACUUCCAUGAAUACGUCAAGACUCUUGAAAGUGGUUUUCCUGAAAUUCAGGUUGACACUUAGUUCCAUAUGUAAUUUAUAAGAUUUUCUCUGGAUCAUUUGAAUGUGAUUGUACUUUGAAGACUUUUGAAUAAUUAAGUACCUGUUCGUUUUUGUAUUCACCCUGCAUAUUCAGAUGUUGUUCGUUUGGACACAAUUGCAUCAGCAUGUAGAUGUAGCAUCUAUAAUAUCUAGAAUACCUAGAUAUUUCAGAUACUAAAAAAUAUAGAGUUUGGAUGCUACAUUUGCAUCUCAAAAUCCAAAGACUUAAAUACCUUUAAUAUUAAAAUAAAAAAUUAAUUAAAUUAGUUAUUAUAACGAUUAUAUAAUACUUUUAAUCGGAAAAUCACAUUUUUCACUAAAAACAAAAAAUCUCAUUUCCCCCAAAACCGAAAAUCGUGUUUUUUCGCUUAAAUUAUAAUUGUAUUUUUUUUCUUCAAAACCGGAAAAUCACGUUUAACUUGCUAAAACAG